AUGCCGCGCCUGCUAAACUUCGCAUUGCCUUCAGAGACGGCCUACACCUCGAAGGACCACACGUUGGCUGUCGAGGGCAGCGAGAUCACCGUGCGCAGCUACGUGCCUGCGUCGGCUACGGACGACACAUGCUUCCCAAUGCUGUUUUGGACACAUGGCGGAGGUUGGGUUAUCGGUAACCUCGAGAUGGACGAUUAUUACCUCAAGAUCCUCAGCGUCGAGCUGCAGCUGGUGAUAGUUAGUCCUGACUACAGACUCGCCCCGGAAUACCCUUUCCCGACGGGCGUAGACGAUGCGUUCGCGGCCUUAAAAUGGGCCAAGCAGAACGCUGAAACCUUCAACGCCGACCUCCGCAAGGGCUUCCUCGUAGGAGGGCCAUCUGCAGGAGGGAACCUCGCCGCCGUCCUCGCUCAUCGCGCCAAGGACGACCCGGAGCUCGCCCAAUACCCACUGACUGGACAGAUUAUGCAGUACCCAGCCACAGUGCACCCCGAUGCGGUUCCCGAAGAGUACAAGGAGAAGUACACCGCAUAUGGGGAAAUGACGGACGUCAACAUCCUCCCCACGCGUUUCAUGCACGAGUUCUUCCUAGAGCUGCUGCAGGGCCCUCCUACAGACCCAGACGUAUCGCCACUCCUGAAUGCUUCCUUUAAGGGUCUUCCACCCGCCCUGGUGCAAGUAUGCGGCAUGGACCCGCUCCGCGACGACGGGCUUCUCUAUGCAGAGAGGCUGACGAAGGCCGGCGUGCCCACAAGGCUGCACGUUUAUCCGGACGCGCCGCACGGAUUCCACCUUAUCUUCCAACAUACGAAGAUUGCGCAGACAUUUGAAGAAGACUUGAAGGCUGCACUGCGCUGGAUGCUGGCGGGUGCGCCGAGCGACGGACAAGAAGCGGCGCCGAUGCGACCGACAUAG